UUGGUAACCAAUGAAAUGAAAAUUCCUCCAAAAAAGUGUUUGGAAAAUUAACCCUGUGUCAAACAGAAACCAACAUUGCUCAAAUUGAUAAUAUAUAUAUAUAUAUAUAUAUAGAUAUCUGCUAUUUUAAACGAAAUCUUUCCCACAUAAUAGCAUUAGAUUUGUACGAUUUGAUCUAAUGGCCACAAAUGUUUGAUCUUUGGUGAGGGGACUUCUCCCUAGCAUUUUCGUGUGUGAUACGGAUAGUGGCACGUUAAUUGAAAAUCUGUACCUCGUCUACAUUUCCUUCCUCCUUCGUUUUAGCAACCACACAGAAGUUGACCCACUAAAUUAAAUAAAAAAAUAUUCAUAAAAUAUUCAUAUAUAUAUAUAUAAAGCAUAGACCGCUUCACGGAUCAGUGACGAUUUUUUGCUGAUCUAGAGGGUAGAUAGAGAAAUGGCAUACUCACCCAAAGACCAGCAAUCAAUUUCUCAAAAGGAAACAAAAAUGGCAAACGCAUCAGUACCACCAAAAAGGAAUGGACGAUUUUGGUUCGCAAGAAGCUUACAAUAUGAUAAAGAGAAAGACACUCCAAGCGAUGCUCGCAACGUUUUGCUAAUAGUCGCAGCUCUCAUCACAGCAGUGACCUUCCAAGCCGGUGUGAAUCCUCCAGGAGGUGUUUGGCAAGACGGUGGUCAUGGUCAUAACGCUGGAAGAGCCAUCUAUGCUUCCCACAAGAAAUCUUUCUAUGUGUUCUUGAUUGCCAACACUUUGGCUCUUUCUUCGGCUAUCUUGGUCAUAAUCUCUUUGACUUACAGGUUUCCUUUCCAUUUCGAGAUUUGGGUUGCUACUGUUUCCAUGAUCAUUACUUAUGGUUCUUCAAUAUUUGCUAUAACCCCUAAUGAAUCUGUCAAGUUUCGGUACAUCUUGAGUGCUGCUGCUUUGCCUUUUCUAAUAAGAUUUGUGGUCGAGAUGUUGAUAAGGUAUAAGAGUAAGACUUCCAAUAAUCCCACUAUAGAACCCCAUUCAACCACUGAUGAGGAUGAUGGUGAUGGUGAUGGUGAUGGUGAUAAUCAAGAAAACGUAUAGUAAUAGUUAAGAGGAAAAAUUUCACUUAAGAGGAAAAUUUUUGAAAUUAGGGGAAUAGAGAUGUACGUGGUGCUAUAGUUAUUUAUAUUUUUGAUAUGGAGAUAAGUGUGUUGUAAUAGGUUGAAUUUGUAAAGUUACUAUUAAUUAAUCAAAAAAAGUAAAAAAAAAAAAAAAAAAAAUCUGUAGAGAUUAUUUUGCAAAACAGAGGGAGUUUUGAGUCAUGAUGUAUUAGAAGACAGUUCAUAUGUUAUAAUAGAUUAUAUUCAAGAGAUUAUUAUGUAUGCUUAGUUGUAGUGAAAAUGUAUGUAUAUAGGUAUGUUAAGGCGCAUGUGGUAACUUUUGAAAUAAGUGAUUGUGAUUUUUUUUCA